GCUCACGCCUGGAAAGAAAGAGGGGGCGAAGACGGAGGCUAUAUGUGACUGAGACGCGCUUGUCGCUAUGGAGGUUCGAUGGCCCGACCUGUUAAGGUUUGCGCAUACGCAGAUAGCCUCGGUACUAGCCUCGGAGGACCUGGCAAGGCCGAGGCUCUCAUGGCCAGGACGACUGCCGCAGCAGCGGUCUCAGGUGCGCCACGUCUGGUCAUUUCUGCAGCGCCAGCACGACGACGAGGAGGAUCGGCAGCAGGAGGAGGGGGAGGAGGAGGACGAGGACGAGGGGGAGGAGGAAGAGGAGGAGGAGGAGGAGGAGGAGGGUAUUGUUGCUGUCGUCUCCUAUGGAGGGCAAGAUACAUGUCGAUGGCGCUGGCUUUGGCCGCUCUCCUGGUGGGCCGUACGCACACACCAGAGCUCUCUUACAGCGAUGGGGACGUCACAGACUCGGUGGUCGUUUACGAAACAGGUGGAGUUUCUGUCGGGAGCGUGCGCGAUCUUCUAGACCAACACGUAGAGCGGCACCUGCGUCGACGACAAAGGGAGCGGGAGCGGGAGCGGGAGCGAAAGCGUCUAGAAAGCCGACCAGACAUCGAGCUCAUGGGCUUAUCGAGAGCGAGAUCAACAGAUCGAGACCCGGACGUCAACGCGGACAAGCUUCAUGACCCAGGGCAGAAGUCUAUCUAUUCUGUCGCAAUCGGACAAUCGAUGCCAACUGACAAGUUCGGAGGUCUGCAGCUUGAGCUAAUCAAGCAGCAGCGUCAGCGAUCGAACAAGGUACCUCAGCUGACGGCAGCUCAAAAACAAGAAGAAGAAGAAGAAGAAGAAGAAGAAGAAGAAGACGGCGAUGGCGUUUCUACACUGCAGUAUGGCCUGGUGGAUGCAGAGCGACGCGGCGACGAGUUGGGACAAGAAGGGAACCAAGAGGAGAGCGGUUAUGGCGAAGAAGACGACGAGGACGGAGAGGAGUGGGUCGGCAAUGGAGCAGAGGAGGAGGAGGAGGAGGAGGAGGAGGAAGAGGAAGGAGAGGAUGAGGAGGUGGUGGAUGGCCUGGUACAGGGGUUGUCUGAUAGAGGAGGGGAGGGGCGAAAGGUUGAUCCCACCCGAACGAAUUCGGGGGAAUCGGGCCAGAUCAGUCGCAAUGCUGCAGCCCAAGUGAUAGCACAGACGAUCAUUUCCUGGGAUAAGGGUCGCUCUGGGGCCGUUAACGAUGUAGUAACGGUCGCUAACGGUUACGGUAGCGGUUCAAGCAGCAGCAAACGGAAGGACGGUGAAGGGUGGAGCGUGCUGUCUAGCCCUCUCUCACGGAAGCGCAGCUGGGUUAAGAGUGGGAAUCGGGCUCCUUUGGGACGAAGAUGGGGAUGGUAUCGAGGAUCAAACGUGAGCAGUACCCGUCUUUCCGCCCCAAACGGAGGAGGAGGAGGAGGAGGAGAAUGGGCGGGAAUCAACGAAAAAGGAGGCGCUUUGAUGCGUCCUCUCGACACUCCGCGGCAACCGCUCGCAAGCGAUCGUCGCGACGACGAUGUCCACGCGGAUGGGCGUGCGAACUCAAAGGACUUGUUUACAGAGCAAAGAACCCAUCUUGGUGAGAUGACACGGACGCGAAAGGGAUUCUCUUCCAGAAGAGGAGAGGGAGGAGAACGAGGAGAAGGAGGAGGAGAAGGAGGAGAAGGACGAAGAGGAGGAGGAGAAAGAGGAGGGGGAGAAAGCGGCGGCGGCGGCGGCGGAGGAGGAGGAGAAAGAGGAGGAGGAGAAAGAGGAGGAGGAGGAGGAGGAGGGGGAGGGGGAGGAGGAGGAGGAGGAGAGAAAAAGGGGAUCAACUUGGUGAUGAGGUGGGGCGAUGUGAUAGGGAGGUUUGCUGGAAGAGCACACAAGGGCGAUCGAGCUACCGAUCACGAGGAAGAGCGUGUCGAUAAUGGCGAUCAGGAUGAAGGAAGAGGAGACAAUAAGUCGAAAACGGUAGAGGACAGCGUAGUUGCAGCUGCUCGACGACGGAGGGAGGGUCCGGAUCCAGACGUCAGCCUCGCCGAUGGUAUGGAAGAGACCAGACCACAACAAGCUGAGAGCUCUCUGCUUGUGGUAGGGAUCCCGACUGGCGGGCUUUCUCGGAACGGCCCUGCCCGUCCUGCUCACUAUGUUUCUUUCUCAUCAUCAGACGGGGGGGUAAUGGCGGAUAGGAACCUGUUGAAGGGCGGGAAAGUUGAUAAAGUUGAUGUGGAAAAAGGCGGGAAAGUUGAUGUGGAAAAAGAAGGCGGGAAAGUUGAUGUGGAAAAAGGAGGAGGGAAAGUUGACGUGGAAAAGGGCGGGAAAAGUGAUGCGGACAAGCUUCAGGGUAAGUCCGAUGAGAUUGAGGAUCGAGGUGGGGGGGGAGUGUUAGAAAAAAACACAGCUUCCCCCUUGUUGGCUACUGAUAGUAGGACGCAGACGUGGACGACGAGCGACAUGAAGGAGACGAAGGGAUCUGCUCCAUUUGGCAGCUAUGGAGGAGGAGGAGGAGGUCAUCAUGGCUCCCUUUCACUUAGCGGCUAUGGAGGAGGAGGAGGAGGAGGAGGAGGUCAUCAAGGCUUUCUUCCGCGUGACAAUGGAGGAGGAGGAGGUCGUGAUGGGCCUUCUUCACGUGGCUAUGGAGGAGGAGGAGGUCAUCAUGGCUCUCUUCCACUUGGCUAUGGAGGCCAUGAGGAAAACGUAAUGGAUGAUCGCGAACGUUGGGGUGUACAUAGUGUAGCUGGAAAGGGUUCGGAGCCUCGGCUGGAACUUGCCACUGUCAGCGAGUCCCGCCAUGAAGAGUCCUUGGGCCCAGAAGAGGGGAAGAGGGGGGUAGUCCCAAGGGAAGACCACCAGGGACCGUCAGUCCCAAGGAAGGACCGUCAGGGACAGUCAGUCCCAAGUGUCUGAUGCCUUUUUUUUUUUUUUUUUUUUUUUUUUUUCCCCUUGCAGGUGUCUAAUCCUGAGCUUGUCAGAGUUCUGCAAUCUGUUGCUCCGAGGUUUAAGAAUGCAUUCCGACAGCCGUUCACACUGAUUAAGUCAACGAUUCGGAGAAGGGCGCACUUGACGACGACGCUUCCAGAGUCAGGAGUAUUGCACAGGUUUCCCAUCG